GUAGGGGGCAGUGGAUGUUCUCAGGUGCUGAGCGCAGGUUGUAGGGGGCGUGUGUGUGUCUCUUGCUCCCAUGUUGCGUAGUCUGGAAACCUGACGUGGUUUGCAGCCAGCGGCGCUCGCGCGUGUGUGCUUGAGAGUGCGCGCGAGGCAUUCAGCGAGGGAGCUUUGACAGUGACAGAGUCGCGGCCGGGCAGCUCACUAAGUGCCUGCGGCUGCUCUCCGCCGCGCGCGCGCGCUCUGCCCCCCCCUCCCUCCGCACCAGCAGCACUUUUGGACGAGCGGACCCGGGCUGCGCUGGCCGAACCCAAACAGAAGAAGCUGGAACUGAACUCCGAACAUUGACUUUUGAGCGAUGAACUGGCAGAAUGGCCAGGUGGUUCAAGGAGCACCUAGGAUUCAAAACUACCAAAGCACCCCCUCCGGCGCCUCCGAAACCGGACUACAGGUACUGCCUCACCGGUGUUCCCACGGCGCCGGGCUUCCAGCAGACAAGCUCCGCCGCGUGCUUCCAGAGUCCCGCGCAGCCCGACAUCCUCACCGCCUACAAAAUCCAAAAGGACAUGGACUUCGAGGACCCCUACACUCCCGGCGGGACCGUCUGCUUCAGCUCCAGCCUCAACCCCGUGGGCUCGUCGGAUAUCAAGUACGUGUCGCCAAAGCACCGACUUAUCAAGGUGGAGACCAUCGAGAAGAGCAGCCCGGCUCCCGGCGGGGGGGUCACGGUCACUCAGGCUGUGGCCGUGGCUGUGGGGAGCGUUAAAUCCCCCACGUCGCCUUCUUCCGACCACGACAGCAAGGAGAAGCCAAUCAUUCUUGAGGACUAUGCCGACCCCUUCGAUGCCGAGCAGGCUGGUGGCACUCAGCCCAACAUGGAGAAAAUCACAACUGAGAACGAUGGCUACAUGGAACCAUAUGAGGCCCAGAAGAUGAUGGCAGAGAUCAGGUCAGGUGGGCGAGGCUCUAAAGAAGGAUCUCUGCGGCAGCUGCCCCUGUAUGACACGCCGUACGAGCCAGCUGAGAACGGCGGCGACUCUGACCCCGAGCUCCUGCGCUGCCCCAGAGAGAGCCGACUGCCUCAGGAUGACGAGCGGCCCCCCGAGGAGUACGACCAGCCGUGGGAGUGGAAGAAGGAGAGGAUUUCCAAAGCCUUUGCAGUAGAGAUUAAAGUGAUCAAGGACCUACCGUGGCCUCCUCCUGUCGGCCAACUCAACACCAGUCCUCCCCUGGCGGAGGAGCUGGAGUCUCCUUCCCAGACAGCUCAGCCGUCGCCAGGACAGACAGGCUGUGACCAGCACCACCAUGUUCAGUUUGACGGUGUGGACAAACCUCGAAUGUCACCCACCAAGGAUGGGAAAGGUCGCCCACUCCAGCGACACUCCAGCGGGUGUCUGGUCAACACCAAAAUGACCUCAUUGGACCACUGCAGCUCCCCCGUUGGGGAGCGAAUCGACCCCACAAUGCCUCUGGAGAGCCAGUUUUGGUACCAUGGAGCCAUCAGCAGAACAGAUGCAGAGUCUCUGCUCCGGCUGUGCAAAGAGGCCAGUUACCUGGUGAGGAAUAGUGAGACCAGCAAGAAUGACUACUCCCUCUCCCUCAAGAGCAGCCAGGGCUUCAUGCACAUGAAGCUGUCGCGCACAAAGGAGAACAAAUACAUCCUGGGCCAGAACAGCUGCCCGUUCGACAGCGUGCCGGACAUCAUCCACUUCUACUCCAGCCGCAAGCUGCCCAUCAAGGGGGCCGAACACAUGUCCCUGCUGUACCCCGUCGCUAUCAGGACACUAUAGUUCUCUGGGUCCACCUUCUGCAUGGGACAGUCCGUGGCUCGUGAAGAUGAAGCCUGACCCCGGCUCACCUCAUCGGCUGACAUGUUUCGAGGCCUCAAACAGACAGUGUGCUGCACAUUUUUUUUAUUAUUUUAUUUAUAACAGACAGCCUCUCAUUAUAUCAGCGACUGACUGUCUGAACAUCAUUUCAUGGAUUUUUGCCCACAGCACUUAAAGAACAGCAGAGGUACAUGUUUUCUGUCACCUGUGUCAUCGAAAACGAUGUUUUAGUCCCGUGAGCGCGCGCCAGGACAACUGUCCUUUGGUAAGCUGUAUUUCACGGGGACUUAAAGAUUGUAAGGAGAGCGGCUUGUACGAUAUUGUCCACAUGGGCCUCGUUUUGCAGCCAGGAUAUCGAAUAAACCCGGAGAGCAUGAAGGGUGCACACGAACGUGGAGCCCUCGAGCGGGGCAGAUGAUCUCUCUAUGUUGUCAUGGUGCAUGUUGUCUGUUAUCCAUCACUGAGUGGGCGCAUCACACCACUGACAGUGUAAGUACCACAGCGGGGAGACGGGCAGGAAAGCAUGAUGGAUGGGUCGACCCAUCCGACAGUCCAAUUGGAGACCAGAUCCUGUACGAAUGGACCAAAUUAGCCUCCGCCACCCCCAUGUUAGAAUGGUUUUGCAUCAGGAGAAUGAAAUAUGCCUGCAUUGUCUACCUCAGAAAAAUCAAUUUCAUUCCCCCCAUCUGCAGAUCAAUAGGUACAAUGGGAUUGCAGGCAUUGAUCUGCUCUCCCAGUGACAUUCCCAGUUCGCCUAAAUUAGUCACUGGUUUAAAAAAAAAAAAUAAAACGUUUCUCCGAUCAGCAGUCGUAUGUACAGUCACUGUUAUGGUAACAGAUGUUCGUUUAAUGCCUUAUAAUGCAUGGGGCAAGUCAGUCCGCUAGAGUUCCCAUCCUGCUUUGAGCGACGGUUCUGUGAACGUAAUUUAUUCUGGGGUAAUUAUUACUGUGGUGUUACUCCGUCGUGACUGGCCCUUUUAGGGCCUUUUACUCCAGCCUGGUUUUCGCUGUCGUGCUUUGCCUUUAAGUUGUCCUCUGUUGUGCUAAAAGCAGCAGUCACCGCAUCGUCUGACCAACGAGGGCGUAAAGAGGAGGUGGCGUCCCCGCAUCGAUCCCCCCUCUGAGCCCGUCCCGUCCAGAUCCCCACACCUCCAGCCCGUCACGCUUCAUCUUCUUGUUAAGCUCUGCAGACAUGUGCAAAUGUGUUACCGUCAUGUGGUCUGAAUGCAGAGUGUGUUUUUUUUUUAAGUUUCUGUUCUGAUCUAAUCAAAAAUCCGACAAACAAUUAGCCAAAACUCAACCCAGCUCUCGGGAAUACUUUGUCUUUUUUUUAUCUGCCUAUCUGGCUCCGGUCGGUAAUAUUUCUAUCAACCAGAAGAAGCUGAUUCGCUAAUAUUGAAUCAUAAUGACAUCAAUCUUUGAGCCUGUCUGCUGCAUGAGCUGCAGAAUCCAGCAUCUUAAUGAGCAGGUAAUCACGGAAACGUUGGAGGGAGAGGCUGGACGGCCGCUGCAGUUGAAAAGUAAAAAAAAGGAGUCUCCACUGAGUGCUAUGCAACCGUAAACAGCCGUCACUGAAAGAGUAAAGAUGUGUGCCUCUAAAGAAAUCUCUGUGACAGUAGUGAUGGUACAAACAGGACAUGACGGACGAUGCUUUCGAAAAGUAAGCUGUUAAAGUGGACCUAAAUGUUUCAAGGAUCUAGGAAAGAAUAAAGAAGAAGAAGAAGAAGAAGCUGCGUGUGACGUCUUUAUAUUGUUUGCUCUUCGGUAGGUGAGAGGAGACCUUUAUUUUGGGGUUGCUAAAGCAAGUGAGGAGAGGAUCCUGGAGGGACAAAAAGGAAGCAGGCACUCUCCACAUCUGGAUUUUUCUUUUAUGAGCCCUCCUUCCUCAAAAGUGUCUUAAAUCUUGUGUUAUCGUGUGGAAACACGAUGAUGCAGACAUGAAAGUGUGUGUGUGUGUUCCCUCUGUAAGCUUCCAUCCACUUUCCCUCAGUGUGUUUUGUGAAUUGCUUUACUGUUGUAAAGUGGCAUGUAUGAUUUUUUUUUUUUUUUUUUGUGUACAUUCUCGUGCCACAUAUGUAUGCACUACUAUAACACUUCGCUGUACAGUCCCUAAUGGCCAAAUGUAUAUACUGAAUGUAUUGUAUGGGGACCUUUUUUGGCAUCAUGGUGCAGAAAUAAAUAAAUAAAUAAAGUUGGGUUUAUGAGUUG